AGAGGCAGCGCCGCCACGUCGUCGCUGGGUGGACGGUGUGGGUGAAGGGGUGGUAGAGGUGGAAGGGGCGACGAUGGCGGCAGCACCGACAGCGGCAGGCACGGACGUGUACGGCAACGUACUGCCCCCGCUGAGAGCACGGUCGCUGGUGGAAGAGGCGGAGUGCGUGUACUGGGGUAGCCUGCGGCAUCAUCUGAACACGCAGUUCAACGCCGGCAUGACGUUCAUGAUGCAUCGUCGCGUGGCGCAAGCGCUGCUCGAGCCGAAGGCGAGCAGACGCCGGCUGGACAUUGUGCGCCUCGCUGCAGAGGACUUCACCAUGAAGCGCAGGCUGACAUACCGGCGCAUCAUGUUCCAUCAUGAGGACAUCCUCAUGGGGCUGCAGAUCUACGGCGCCCUGCCACGCGUGAAGGAGUUGUGUCCGAAUGGGCGGCUGUGGUACGUGAAGGAGUGGUAUGCGCGGUUUCACGACAUACACGUUGGGCGGACGCACAACGUCACGUGGUCGACGGUCGUGGCGCACCGCUGUCGUCCGUCGGACUCGUAUUACCUACACUAUUACUUCCGUGAAGAGCACCGCAUCGCAGCCGCCGCGGGCAAGUACGCCACAGAGGAAGAGCACGAGGCGGCGGCGGUCGAGAUGGCGGCGCAGUGGGUGACCGAAAUUCAGAAAGACCCCCUCAUGAUGGAGUUCAACUGGAGCGGGCUGCCAGACGUACAGUGGGCGCGCAACAUCUCCCGGCGGCCACCAUUUACGUUGGCCCUCGGCGACGGCGUCGCGGUAUACGAGAACCGCUACGAGUACUGGACGCAUGAGGCAACGAACAUCCAUGACGGGUAUCGCUCGCUACCGCAGUGGUGA